UAUCAUGUGUCAAUGAAACUUCACCAGGCCAAACUCCCCAACAGCCACCAUCUUGGAGUUUGAUUCGGCCGGAAUUUCCCUGCAUCGGUACGCCACGUUCUAGGAAGUUCAUUUCUGAACAUAUUCAAAAAUUCAAACUUCAGAGCAUUUCAUCAUGUAUCCUAACGCCGACACGCAACCAACGUCAUUUACACUGGGGAAACGUAACCUUUGGCAAGAAACAAAUCUUGGUGAAGGUGCCUUUGGACAGGUUUUUAAGGUUAGAGAGCAAGGUUCUAGCCAACUCUUCGCUCUAAAGAACAUUGAUGUAUCGGGUGAGAAGAUUGAAAGUCUGCAGAGUAGAGAAGUCAAUAUGCUAGCGAGAUGUACAAAGCACCAGCACAUUGUUACUUUGUAUGAUGUCAAAAUUGUUGGCUCCCAAGCCCUUAUUCUUAUGGAGUAUUGCUCAGGAGGGAACCUCAAUAAACGCUUAGCGAGGGCAGGCAUCACCGAAGACCGAAAACUACGAUGGAUGAGCGAGCUGGCCGACGCCAUACGUUUCCUUCACUCACAAGACAUCGUCCAUCGUGAUUUAAAACCAGAAAAUGUCUUUCUGACUUCGACAGAUUCGAUCAAGUUGGGAGAUUUUGGUCUGGCAAGAGAAUAUACAGCUCUAAAACAAGGUGAUGAAACUGCUUCAGAUCAAGAUUAUGUGUCCUACAUGAAAAUGUAUUUCAUGAGCUUAAAGCGGAAAACACCAGUAAGUCCAGCAACAGCGCUAUUUAUUGCGCCUGAACUUUUUAAUUGCCACUAUAAAAACACGGCAGAUGUCUUUUCUCUUGGUGUCAUUUUCUACGUUAUUCAAACCCUUAGUUAUGAAAUAUUUGAAGGUGAGAAAUAUUUCGUGGGAAUGGUUACUGUUAAUGGCGAAAAGCAUGGCUUUGGGAAGGCACUCAAGUUGGAUCGCAACAUACAGCUUCCUUUGAGCGGCGUCAACCCACGAAGAAGGAGAGAGUUGGUUCGCUCUAUGCUUCAUUAUAACCCAAAACAGCGUCCCAGUGCAGAAGAUGUCUACAGAGAUGUUCAAGAUAUUGAAAAUGACACUGAAACAGUCUCAUUAAGCGAGCCAAACCAAGACUGAAGCCAGUCGUCCAGUGGAUGUUGCUAAACAGAGCUCGAAAGACUAGUUAGUUUGUCAUACCAAACUGCGCUGCAUGCUAGAGUUAUCUGAAGAAAUUAUGACCUACUAUAUGAAUCAGUAUCAAUUUCAAAUAAUAGAGCACUGAGCUGAUAUUUUCAAAGUAAGCACUGCAUGAUUUCCCAUCAAAUUGCAGUAUGUUUUUGCCUAGACAGUAUCGUUCAGUUGCUACUCUAAAAUUAAUUGCCAGUUUUCUAAUCGUUUCGCCAAGAUGACAUGGAAAAACUCUUCGGCGCGGCAAAGGGCCAUGACAAUUUAGCAAAACGAUAUGUAAUACCAACAUGAGCAAUCAUGAUAGUAACUACGGAACUGUUGAUACUUUGUUGUCGCAAAGGAGAUAUGUUGCACUCUCCAGAGAUCCUGGCGAUCGGGAUGUAUCCCACUAUGCAUUGCCCGUUAUCAAAUAGUCCACAUGGCCAUCAAAAUAUAUUGUGGCAAUCAAACGAAAACCAGAUAAUUGGCAGGAAUUUCUGAAAUAUAUUCAUCAGCCCUAAGAGAGAUUUAAACAAUUAUGUCAAUGCGGGCCAUAUUUCAGUCUGUCAAAUAAGGCAUAUUAAUUUCCGUGUAAUAUUUUACUUAAAGUUUUAUAUUUUA